AUGGACAACUUCCAGUACAGUGUCCAGCUCAGUGAGCAGGACUGGGCCGAGUUCUCAGCCACCACUGAUGAGUGUGGCCUCUUGCAGGCUGGCCUGGCCUCCGGAGAUGAGCUCUUGUCCAGUGACGCUGACCAAGGGGACAGCAGUGGCGGCAGCCCCCCGGGGCCCCCACCACUCCUCAGUGGGCCGCUGGCUUCCAGGGGGAGGGGCUGCUGGGCCUGCAAGGAGGGGGACGUGGCUACCCAGCAGCUGGUCAGCAGGUCUCAGUGUGAGCCUGUCCUGGCUCUAGGGGCCGGCCAGCAGGAAGCCGGCACGUCCACACAUUCAGAAGCCCUGCCGGGCCCCAGCUUGGGUGCUGCCCCUGCCAGCCAAUGUUCCUUCCUCCCAGCGUCCACAGCUUCUAGAGGGGAGAUGCAGAGGCUUCUACAGGGCCCUGCCUCAAGCCCUGCUGGUGACCCCUCUCCAAGUCCUGAGUCCCCAGCCUGCAGUGCUCCUUCCCAGAAGCUCCCUGAGAGCCCUGGGGCUUCACGGCGCAGCCCUGGCCGCAAGAAGAGGCGUGGUGUGGGCGCCAAAGGCGGUGAGCGCUCGGGAGGCCCGGGCCCUUCUGCGGCAGCGUCCCACGCUCCCGAGGCCAGUUCCAAGGAGGGUCUUGAGGCGGGGACAGCAAAACUGACAGCAGGAGCCUUGAAAGACAAGCCAGAUCCAGACUCUGCAGGUGCUCGUGAGCCAGGCUCUGGUCCCUCUGAAGAGGUUGCCAGAAGAGGGCCAGGCUUGGAUCUACCUACGUCUGUGCCCACAACUGAGCAAGGUGCAGACCAGAUCAGACUGGCAUCCAGAGCUGAGCCACACACAGCGUCCAAGGUUUACCCAGAUGUCUCCAUGGCUAAGCCAGAUGCGGCUCUGUCCGCCCCAGUCUCCAAGGUUCAACCAGACAUGGCUUCGUCUGUACCUGCCACCAAACUUCAAUUUGACACGGCUUUUUCUGUAUCUACCUGUAAGCCUCAACCUGACAUGGUUUUAUCUGCAUCUGCAUGCAAGCUUCAACCUAACAUAGCUUUAUGUACGCCUACCUAUAAGCCUGAUACGACUCUGUCUACACCUGCCACCAAUCCUCAACCUGACACUGCUUCGUCUACACCUGCCAAUAAGCCUCAACCCAACAUGGGUCUGUCUACAUCUGCCUCUAAGCCUGACAUAACUUUAUUUACACCUGCCUCCACCCCUCACCCGGAGAGGACUAUGUCUGCACCGGCCCCCACUCACGGACAUCACAUGGACUCGCCCGUAGCAGGCCCAGGGGCAAAGCCAGAGGGGGAUUUGACCACACCUGUCUCCGCGGUUGUGCUGCCCCAAGUUCUGCCUUACUCAGCUUCCAAGGCCAGGUCUGAAGAGAGUGUACCUAGCCCUACUGCUCCCUCCUCAACCCCCGUACCCUGGGCUGAGCCCACUCUGGCAGACACGGAGGUGUCAGUGGGUCAAGGGGGUUACCAAGAGAAGCCUGGAAGAGAGCCCUUAGCCGGGACCCCUGGACACCCUUCUGGGGGGGCCCCACAGGGCCCUGUCCAAGUCACCAAGAAGAAGAAAGUUCGCUUUUCUAUGGCUCUGCCCAACCCUGAGGAGCCAGGGUCAGGAGAGGCCACAGGCCCACCCCCCCCAGCUGCACCCCGUUCCCCAGCCCCCCAGGCUCGCGGCGGGGCUUCAGCCUGGGAUGCUGUGGCUGUGGGGCCCCGCGCCCCCCCGCCUCGGAUCCUCAAGCACCUACCACCUCCAUCCCCCUCUGCCUCCUCAGUGGGGCCCGAGCCUGGAGGCCGCUUUGCAGUGACCCUUCCCGAGGCUUAUGAGUUCUUCUUCUGUGACACCAUCGAGGAAGAGGAUGAGGACAUGCAGGAUGAGGCAGGGGACGGUCAGGCCCUGGGGGAAGUCCAGUGGCCAGAUACCUGUGAGUUCUUCUUCCAGGACUUCAGGGUCCAGAGACCAAGGCACCAAAGGCACUUAGUGCCAAAAGCACCCCCAGGAGCUGAGUGUGGAGCAGCACCUCCCCCUGGGGACCCUGUGCCCAUCUCCAUCCCUGAGGCCUACGAACACUUCUUUGGAGAGGACAGGCUUGACAGCAGGCCCGCCCCCCUUCACCAGCUACAGCGCUUGGAGCCUCUAAAGGAACUGGAGCUUGGGCUGCCCCCUGAGCCGGGCCCAGCCACAGCAGAACAAUUCAGCCUGGCGGUCAGGCAAGCAGAUGAGCUCCGGGGUCCCUUCACCUCUUUUACCUUUAGCCAGAAUGACAUGUGCCUGGUGUUUGUGGCUUUUGCCACUUGGGCUGUGAGAACCUCAGAUCUACAUACCCCAGACGCUUGGAAAACAGUCUUGCUGGCCAACAUUGGCACCGUCUCUGCCAUCCGCUACUUUCGCCAGCAGAUGAGGCAAGGACGCAGCCCCAGCCGAAACCCCAGCCCCAGCCCCAGCCGCUAGGAGCCAGGCUGGCCUGGGAGGUGCGGGACGCUGAGACCAGCCCAGGGGCCCUUGGACAAGGUGCUGCCCCCCUCCUCACUCUCUGACACCUAUCUCCUAUGGUAUCUGGGAAAGAACCAGCAUCUUAUGUGUCAGCCUCCUUGGACUCUACCGUGAGGCCAGCCAGUAGCCAAGGUCACUCCCCAUCCCUGGUAGGAAGGAGA